UCCUCCAGCCAAAGGUUGUUGUUGCGGAGGGUUUAUGCUUGCAAAGCGUCUGUUGUCAAGGUAAAGGAAUUUGACGUUUCUCACGUUUAUGUCAUUUGAGCAUUCUUAUGCAUCACCGGCUACGUAUGCAAAAGUUCAGAGCGACCAAUUGCAAUUUUAUUUACAUUUAAUCGAAUUUACGGUCAUCCUAUCGCAGGAAAAUGCUUGCACUUGCAGGAGUUACAGGAGCCGGGGUAGCUCGCAACCGCACUACCUCCGCCAGUGAAAUGUCCUCAACACCCCGAAGUAGUAGCGCACUCAGUAUUCCUGCUAGCCUACGAAGCGAGAUAACGAAUUCCGGAAGAAAUGUGAAAAGGAAAGACCCAGUUGCUGAAGGCAACUUACGUAUUCUAUCAGUUGUUGAAUGUCAUGAUAUGAUAAUGUGCUGUAAAUACAAUGAAACUGGAAAAAUGUUAGCAGUUGGAUUUGUGGAUGGAUCUAUCAAGGUUUACGCUGGGGAGUCUGGGUCAAUCAUUUACAGUCUCUGUGACCAAGAGACUAAAGAUUGUUGUUUGCCGUGCACAAGUAUUAACUUCAAGCCACAUGUUGAUGGAGAUCGCUCUGACAACCACCUUCUUGCUACAUAUGCAUCAGGUUUUGUGAAGCUUUGGCACAUGUCUACUGGACAGUGCCUACACACAAUGCAUGAGGUAAGGCAGACACUAACAGCUGCCUACAACAAGGACGCUUCACUUUAUGUGACUGGGGGAUCCGACUGCAAACUCAAUGUCUAUGAUGCUACCACAGGACAGAAGUUCAAGACAUGCGAACCAAGUCCUUCUAUGUCAAUUAUGGAUGGCCAUCGUUUCCGUGUGUUCUCCAUUAAAUUUCAUCCACAUGACAACACAUCAUUUGUAUCCGGAGGUUGGGAUGACACUGUCCAGUUUUGGAACACCUCUUCUGAGCAUGCAAUCAGGAAGUUGAAUGGACCACAUAUAUGUGGUGAUGCCCUAGAUAUUGAUCCUUAUCAUAAUCAUAUUGUUACUGGAUCGUGGCGGAAAGAGUACAGCUUACAGAUUUGGGAUUAUAGUACUGGUGCCUUGAUUAAAAAUGUUACCCAAGAUUACAAUAAUUCAUUGUUGUAUUGUGCACAGUGGUUGGGAAAGGACAAUAUUUUGGUUGGCGGUUGUGAAGCCAAUUUGACUCGAGUCAUAGACAGGGGUACUCUGCAGACCACUGGUAGGUUGGCAGAUCUCCCAAGAGGAGUGUACUGUUUGGAUAAUAAUCGUCAGGGUGACGUUCCAAGAUUUGCCGCUGGCUCAGACCGGAUGCUUUACUUCCUCCACAUGAAGCAUGAUUAGUUGUCUAGUACUGUAAUCACAUUAGCAAGCAAUACUGUAUCACAAGAUAGUGAUCCUGUAGAAUGUAAUCAAAACAUUUCUGGCAUCUCUGAGCCUGGUUGGUAUUUACUACAAUGUACUACUGCCACAACUACUAUUGCAUCUACCAAUUUAAUCUUACCGACUGCAUUUGCCGAGGAUUUUUAAAAUUAUACAAGUUUUCCUAUAUUUUCAUAUAAAAAACAAAUACUUUAUAUGUGGGUGUCGUUCUGCUUCUCCACUGUAGGUAUACUAACUUUGCAUCACAAACUACUCUUUCAACUACUAUAUUGCUACACCCGGCAGGGGGUCUGGGAUAUAAUAAUAAUAAUACGUCGUUCUUAUAUUUAAACACUUAAUGCCUUUACAAAGCCUCUAAGUGCUUCACAUUAAUACUACCCCGGUCAUUGGAUCAAACACAUAUGGAACACAUUGAGCAC